AUGGACAUUUACCAGGUUGUAGAGUAUUUACAUCAGGCAGGAGCUGAUAUCAACAUCGUCCAAGCACAGUCGUGUAACGCUUUGAUGUUGGCGGCUGGUUCCGGUCAUCUCGACGUGGUGAAAUACCUCCAUGGUUGCGGCUUGGAUAUCAACACAGUGCAGAAAGAUAAGUGCAACGCGCUGAUGAUGGCCGCCCAAAACGGCCAUCUAGCAGUUGUAGAAUACCUACACAGGUGCGGAACUGAUAUUCACACCAGAGACGCGAGCCAGUGGACAGCUCUGAUGAUCGCCGCUGAUAAAGGACACACUGAGGUUGUUCAGUAUCUGUGUGAGAAUGGGGCGGACAUUAACGCAGUACAGCUAGACGGAUGGAAUGCGUUCAUGAUAGCUACACAAAACGGACAUUUAAGGACACUGCAGUAUUUACGUGAGAAAGGCGCCUCGGCAAUUCCAGGUCACUCGGAGUGGAACCCUCUUUUUGUCGCUGUUGAGAAUGGACACACUGAAGUCGUCAGGUAUUUUAUUGAGACAGGAAGUGACGUGAAUGCGAUGGUGGAGCAUGGAUGGACUCCUAUCAUGACUGCUGCCAGUAACGGCCACAUUGGAGUUGUGCAGAUUUUGCAUGAGUAUGGAGCUAAAGUGAAUACUGUAGAAAAAUUCGGUGGCUGGACUGCUGUCAUGCUGGCUGCUCAAAGCGGACACGUCGAUAUCGUGCACUUUUUGCGUGCACAUGGCGCCAAUAUAAAGGCGGUUAACAAAGACGGCAGAGAUGCCCUCAUGAUUGCCGCCAUGAAUGGACACACAGAGACAGUCCGCUAUCUGAAGGAGAACGGAGUUUCCCUACGACACGUGGGCAACGCUGGACUCAACGCCCUCAUGCUAGCAUCGUUGAACGGGCAUCUUGAAACCGUCGAGUACCUCUGUGAGGCUGGGGCUGAUCUCUCGAUCGUCGACAGAAACGGUCUAAACGCAAUUUUACUAGCCUCAAUAAACGGGCACCUGCCGAUUGUGAAGUAUCUUCGCCAAAAAGGCAUCAGCGAGGGCGCGACACUCAAACUGGGCUGGAACUCUCUCAUGACGGCAGCUCACAAUGGUCACGCUGAUUUAGUCCAGUAUUUUCUGGAAGCCAACAGCAACAUCAAUGCCGUGGACAAGAAAGGCUUCACUUCUCUGAUGAUCGCGACUCUGGCCGGCCAGAGCUACAUCGUGGAGUUGCUGGCAGACAAGGGAGCGGACCUCAACAUAGCUGACCACACUGGAUGCAGUGCCUUGAUGAUCGCAGUGGAGAAUUCCAAUGUGCCUUUAAUAGAGCUCCUGUGUCAGCGAGGUGCCCACGUCAACGCUCAGAACGAGGCAGGGAUGACGUCAUUUAUGAUGGCAGCGGAACUGGGGAACCUCGCCGCCAUGCAAUGCUUAUACAAUCACGGAGCAGAUGUCACUAUAAAAAAUAAACAUGGCGCCGACGCUUUGUCAAUCGCAAGGGCCAAACAUCAUCGCAUAGCUGAAGUGUUUAUCAUUAACAUUCUUCAUAACUCUCCUGUCACAGGACAUGAAACAUCUUCUUGUUAA